GGAAUACAGACGCACAGUCACAUUGCUGGCUGGUUGCAUUCUGUUCACUAGCUUGUCCAGGGGAAAGGAUGGCCUGUGAUUUAAAUCGUUGAGGCAUGAGAAGACUCUGAAACUGAAAGGCAUUCUUCAUGCUGUCGGAAUAUAUUACCAUAGGAGCUAUAAGGAAUGGGGUGGUAUGAUUCUCUCUCUCUCUCUCUCUCUUUGCUUCUACCUCUGCAGCCAAACCUGAAUGAAAGAGACUAAAUGUAAGGGAGGUUAGUAGCUGAUUCUUCCUGCUUCUGACUACAUGCGAGUGGCUGGCUUCCCAGCCCCCCUGCUGGAGCAAAUACUACCGGAGAGCUGAAUUGGGACAUUGUAUGCCGGAGCCUGGCGUGAUCUCUAUACGAUUGUGUGUAUGUUGUUCUUGGAUUUGGCAGGGCAACAGGCCCCGAAACAAGCAGGUGUUAUCUAUAUGGAGAAAAGCGGCUGUAGUCCGUUCCCAAUAUGCUGGGCUAAAGAAUAUGACAGAUACCUAGCAUCUAGCAAAACCAUGGCGGCUGCUUAUCUAGACCCAAACUUGAAUCACACACCAAGUUCAAGCACAAAGACACAUCUUAGUUCUGGGAUAGAACGUUCCCCAGGGACAAUGGAACGAGUCCUAAAGGUUUUCCAUUAUUUUGAAAGCAACAGUGAGCCGACAACAUGGGCCAGCAUUAUACGUCACGGGGAUGCUACAGAUGUUUGGGGCAUAAUCCAGAAGAUAGUGGAUAGUCACAAAGUAAAAAACGUAGCCUGUUACGGUUUACGGCUCAGUCACCUGCAAUCAGAGGAAGUUCACUGGCUGCAUCCGGACAUGGGAGUGUCCAACGUGAGAGAGAAAUUUGAACUGGCCCAUCCUCCAGAGGAAUGGAAGUAUGAACUGCGAAUCCGAUAUUUACCAAAAGGAUUUCUGAACCAGUUUACUGAAGAUAAGCCUACAUUAAAUUUCUUCUAUCAGCAGGUGAAAAAUGACUAUAUGGUAGAAAUAGCAGACCAGGUGGACCAGGAAAUUGCCUUGAAGCUAGGUUGCCUUGAAAUCCGGAGAUCAUACUGGGAGAUGAGAGGCAAUGCAUUAGAUAAGAAGUCAAACUAUGAAGUAUUAGAGAAAGAUGUUGGUUUAAAAAGAUUUUUCCCGAAGAGUUUGCUGGAUUCAAUAAAGGCCAAAAACCUACGAAAAAUGAUCCAGCAGACAUUUCGACAAUUUGCCAACCUCAACAGAGAAGAAAGUAUUUUGAAAUUCUUUGAGAUCCUUUCACCAGUGUACAGAUUUGAUAAAGAAUGCUUCAAAUGUGCUCUUGGUUCAAGCUGGAUUAUUUCAGUGGAGUUGGCUAUUGGCCCAGAAGAAGGAAUCAGCUACCUUACAGACAAAGGUUCCAAUCCUACCCAUCUGGCAGAUUUCCAUCAAGUGCAAACCAUUCAGUAUUCAACUAGUGAAGAUAAGGACAGGAAAGGAGUGCUGCAAAUGAAAAUAUCUGGAGCCCCAGAACCACUGACAGUGACAGCACCAUCCUUAACCAUUGCUGAGAACAUGGCUGACUUGAUAGAUGGUUAUUGCCGACUGGUCAAUGGUGCAACACAAUCUUUUAUCAUCAGGCCCCAGAAAGAAGGUGAAAGAGCAUUACCAUCCAUACCAAAGCUGGCAAACAAUGAGAAACAAGGAGUACGAUCUCAUACAGUGUCUGUAUCAGAUGAAAUUAGUGGGGACGAAACAGAUGACUAUGCAGAGAUUAUAGAUGAAGAAGAUACUUACACAAUGCCUUCUAAAAGCUAUGGAAUAGAUGAAGCUAGGGAUUAUGAGAUUCAGAGAGAACGGAUUGAACUGGGACGCUGUAUCGGUGAAGGGCAGUUUGGAGAUGUUCAUCAAGGAGUUUACAUGACCCCAGAAAACCCUGCCAUGGCAGUUGCAAUCAAAACAUGUAAAAACUGCACGUCAGACAGUGUGAGAGAGAAGUUCCUACAAGAAGCCUUAACAAUGCGCCAGUUUGAUCACCCACACAUCGUCAAGUUGAUUGGUGUUAUCACAGAAAACCCAGUCUGGAUCAUUAUGGAGCUCUGUACUCUAGGAGAGCUGAGAUCAUUCCUGCAAGUAAGAAAAUACAGCUUGGAUCUUGCAUCUUUGAUAUUGUAUGCUUAUCAACUUAGUACAGCACUUGCCUACCUGGAGAGCAAACGAUUUGUACAUAGAGAUAUUGCUGCUAGAAAUGUGCUGGUGUCUUCCACAGACUGUGUGAAAUUGGGUGACUUUGGUUUGUCCAGAUACAUGGAAGAUAGUACAUAUUAUAAAGCUUCCAAAGGAAAAUUGCCCAUCAAAUGGAUGGCACCGGAGUCCAUCAACUUCCGACGUUUUACCUCAGCCAGCGAUGUCUGGAUGUUUGGUGUGUGCAUGUGGGAAAUUUUAAUGCAUGGGAUAAAGCCCUUUCAGGGUGUGAAGAACAACGAUGUGAUUGGCCGAAUUGAAAAUGGUGAGCGGUUACCAAUGCCUCCCAACUGCCCUCCCACUCUCUACAGCCUUAUGACCAAAUGUUGGGCGUAUGACCCCAGCCGUCGGCCAAGAUUUACAGAACUUAAAGCUCAGCUCAAUACAAUACUGGAGGAAGAGAAGCUGCAGCAGGAGGAACGAAUGAGAAUGGAAUCAAGGCGGCAAGUCACAGUGUCCUGGGAUUCUGGAGGAUCAGAUGAGGCUCCUCCCAAGCCCAGCAGACCCGGUUAUCCUAGUCCACGAUCGAGUGAAGGAUUUUAUCCCAGUCCACAGCAUAUGGUACAGCCCAAUCAUUACCAGGUCUCAGGCUAUCCCAGUUCUCAUGGGAUUCCAGCUAUGGCUGGUAGCAUUUACCCAGGCCAGGCCUCUCUUAUGGAACAGACAGAAUCCUGGAACCAUCGGCAGCAAGAAAUAUCCAUGUGGCAGCCAAACAUGGAGGAUUCUGGCAGUUUGGAUCUGCGAGGAAUAGGGCAAGUUCUACCAGCACAUCUAAUGGAGGAGAGAUUGAUACGACAGCAACAAGAAAUGGAAGAAGACCAGCGAUGGCUGGAAAAAGAAGAGAGAUUCCUGAAACCUGAUGUGAGGCUCUCCAGAGGGAGCAUUGAUCGAGAAGAUGGGAGUCUCCAGGGUCCGGCUUCUAACCAGCAUAUUUAUCAGCCAGUGGGUAAACCAGAUCAUUCUGCUCCUCCAAAGAAACCGCCUCGCCCAGGAGCUCCAAGCCACUUGGGCAGCCUCGCUAGCCUGAACAGCCCUGUGGACAGCUACAAUGAAGGGGUUAAGCCAUGGCGGAUUCAGCCUCAAGAGAUCAGCCCUCCCCCAACAGCCAAUUUGGACCGCUCCAAUGACAAGGUGUAUGAGAACGUCACAGGGCUGGUGAAAGCUGUCAUAGAGAUGUCCAGCAAAAUCCAGCCAGCCCCACCAGAGGAAUAUGUCCCUAUGGUGAAGGAGGUUGGUUUAGCACUUCGAACUUUACUGGCAACAGUAGAUGAGACCAUUCCUGUCCUCCCUGCAAGCACUCACAGAGAGAUUGAGAUGGCCCAGAAACUCCUGAAUUCGGACCUUGCUGAACUGAUUAACAAGAUGAAGUUGGCUCAGCAAUAUGUUAUGACAAGCCUGCAGCAAGAAUACAAAAAGCAGAUGCUGACGGCAGCUCACGCUCUUGCUGUGGAUGCCAAAAACCUGCUGGAUGUUAUUGACCAGGCCAGGCUAAAAUCUAUUGGUCAGUCCAGACCCCACUAGGAGAGAAAGAGAGAGAGGAUGGCGUCUGCAGAGCAUUGCUCACCCAGUAGGCACCACUACGACCUCCCAACAGAAACAAGGACUGAUCCUGUCUGGUCCACGUUUCCAAGCAAUUCCCAACCUGCUUAAAGAAAAAUGACAUCUGUUGGUUCUCUCAGCUACAAGCGGUUUCUAAAGAAGAAAUAACCAACAAUGCCAAGAAAGGUCCAAAAUUGAAAACGGUGAUUUUCAUGGAAACCUAACUUGAGUCCCUGACAAUGGACACCAAUCUGAAGUAUUUCACACUGUGUGGAAUAGCAGUCUCUUCCAAGACUGAGACUCCUAAAACAAACAAAAAUGCUUGGCAGACGAACUGUGUGUGAAUUGCAGAACUGAGAUAUUGAGAAGCCAAGAAUUCUGGGAAACCUUAUGGCUGAGAAUUCUUGCUUGCAACGCAAACUGUCCAGACUGGAAUACUUUUUUAUUACAACACUUAGUGCCGCAAAAAUGCUAAUCACAAUUUACAGAGAAAGAUUAAAAAGCUAUAUUUUCAAAGCGUCCCAUUUCAGAACUGACUCAAGCCCUCUUCGUCCGUCUCCUUGCCCCUGCCAUGCGGAUGCGUGCGAUCCGUUGGAGCAGAACGUAGUCUAGAACACAACUGAGAACUUGUCUUUUUCAACAGAAUCAUGUGCCAGUUUUUUGUAGCAAUGUUUUCCUUGAAAGUGAAAAACAAAGAAGCUGCUUUGUACCAGAGCAACUCAAGUGCAUUUAGAAGAAGAAAGAGUUCUGUAACCAUACAUGUUCCCCAUUUUUAUAUAAUUUAUAAAGAAAGAUUAAAGCCAUGAUGAAUAUUUUACAGCUG